AUGUCUUCUAUUAGUGAAAGUCAACAAGAAGUAGUAACGUUUAAAGAUGCAUUUAAUGGUAUGUUUGACGAAGACGCGCAAGACGUCAUUGAUAAAGAAAAAUUGCGUGGAAAAUUCAAUCAGAUAAUAAAAGAAGAAGUUAGAAAUUCUGAACACACACUGAAAAAAAGAGGAUGUGCAAUUGGCCCUGGUGCCGGACCCGGUUGGCCGGGUGUUCAUGAACGAGAAAUAGCCUCGUAG